UUCUGUCCACAGCUACCUGCAGAUUUUACAAAACUGCACCUCACUGACAGUCUCCACCCACAGGUGACCCACGUUUCAUCUAGUCAUUCAGGAUGUAGCAUCACUAGUGACUCUGGCAGUAGCAGUCUAUCUGAUAUCUAUCAGGCCACAGAAAGUGAAGCUGGUGACAUGGACCUGAGUGGAUUACCAGAAACAGCAGUAGAUUCUGAGGAUGAUGAUGAUGAGGAAGAUAUUGAGAGGGCUUCUGAUCCUUUGAUGAGCAGAGAUAUUGUUAGAGACUGUCUAGAAAAAGAUCCAGUAGACAGGACAGAUGAUGAUAUUGAACAACUUUUGGAAUUCAUGCAUCAAUUACCAGCUUUUGCCAAUAUGACAAUGUCAGUGAGAAGAGAACUCUGUGCUGUGAUGGUAUUUGCAGUUGUAGAAAGAGCAGGAACCAUUGUUCUAAAUGAUGGAGAAGAACUUGAUUCCUGGUCUGUUAUUUUGAAUGGUUCUGUAGAAGUAACAUAUCCAGAUGGAAGAACAGAAAUAUUAUGCAUGGGAAACAGUUUUGGUGUUUCCCCUACUAUGGACAAAGAAUAUAUGAAAGGAAUCAUGAGAACUAAAGUGGAUGACUGCCAGUUUGUAUGCAUAGCCCAACAAGAUUACUGUCGCAUUCUGAACCAAGUAGAAAAGAACAUGCAAAAAGUAGAGGAGGAAGGAGAGAUUGUUAUGGUAAAAGAGCAUAGGGAAUUGGAUCGCACUGGAACAAGAAAAGGUCACAUUGUUAUUAAGGGAACACCGGAGAGAUUAACAAUGCAUUUAGUUGAAGAACAUUCAGUAGUGGAUCCAACUUACAUAGAAGAUUUCCUUUUGACAUAUAGAACCUUCCUUUCAAGCCCAAUGGACGUGGGAAAAAAGUUAUUGGAGUGGUUUAAUGAUCCUAGCCUCAGGGAUAAGGUUACACGGGUAGUAUUAUUGUGGGUGAACAAUCACUUUAAUGAUUUUGAGGGAGACCUUGCAAUGACUCGUUUUCUGGAGGAAUUUGAGAACAAUUUGGAAAGAGAGAAAAUGGGUGGACAUCUGAGGCUGUUAAAUAUUGCAUGUGCUGCUAAAGCUAAACGAAGGAUGAUAACAUUAACAAAACCAUCUCGGGAAGCUCCUUUGCCUUUCUUAUUACUAGGAGGAUCUGAAAAGGGAUUUGGAAUCUUUGUUGACAGUGUAGAUUUGGGUAGCAAAGCUACUGAAGCGGGGUUGAAACGUGGAGAUCAGAUAUUGGAGGUGAAUGGCCAGAACUUUGAAAAUAUUCAGCUAGCGAAAGCCAUGGAAAUUCUUCAAAAUAAUACCCAUUUAUCUAUUACUGUGAAGACCAACUUAUUUGUUUUUAAAGAACUUCUAACAAGAUUGUCUGAGGACAAAAGAAAUGGUGCUCCUCAUCUUCCUAAAAUUGGUGAUAUUAAAAAAGCAAGCCGUUAUUCCAUCCCAGAUCUUGCAGUUGAUGUGGAACAGGUGAUGGGUCUGGAAAAAGUAACAAAGAAAAGCAAAGCCAACACUGUUGGAGGAAGAAACAAGUUAAAGAAAAUACUGGACAAAACCCGCAUCAGUAUCCUGCCUCAGAAACCAUACAAUGAUAUUGGAAUUGGUCAAUCUCAGGAUGAUAGCAUUGUAGGUUUAAGGCAGACCAAGCACAUUCCUCCUGCUCUACCUGUCAGCGGAACACUAUCAUCAAGCAAUCCUGAUUUACUGCAGUCACAUCACCGCAUCUUAGAUUUCAACACAACCCCAGAUUUACCAGAUCAGGUUCUACGAGUUUUUAAAGCAGAUCAGCAAAGUCGCUACAUUAUGAUAAGCAAGGACACAACUGCAAAAGAAGUAGUUGUUCAAGCUAUUCGUGAGUUUGCUUUAACCACCACCCCAGAUGCUUAUUCUUUAUGUGAAGUCUCUGUCACUCCAGAGGGUGUCAUUAAGCAGCGGAGACUUCCAGAUCAACUCUCCAAACUUGCUGACAGAAUACAACUUAGUGGAAGGUAUUAUCUAAAAAAUAACAUGGAGACAGAAACUUUAUGUUCAGAUGAAGAUGCUCAGGAAUUGCUAAGAGAGAGCCAAAUUUCUCUACUGCAGCUCAGCACUAUAGAGGUGGCUACCCAACUCUCAAUGCGUAAUUUUGAACUGUUCCGCAACAUUGAACCUACAGAGUACAUAGAUGAUUUAUUUAAACUAAAAUCUAAAUUUAACUGUGCUAAUUUAAAAAAGUUUGAAGAAGUAAUAAACCAAGAAACCUUUUGGGUAGCAUCUGAGAUUUUGCGAGAAACCAACCAGCUGAAAAGGAUGAAGAUAAUUAAGCACUUCAUUAAGAUAGCACUGCACUGCAGAGAAUGCAAGAACUUUAACUCAAUGUUUGCAAUAAUAAGUGGUCUGAAUUUAGCUCCGGUUGCAAGAUUACGAACCACAUGGGAAAAACUUCCAAGCAAAUACGAGAAAUUGUUUCAAGAUCUUCAGGACUUAUUUGAUCCAUCUAGAAACAUGGCAAAAUACCGCAAUGUCUUGAAUAGUCAAAAUCUACAACCUCCCGUUAUUCCUUUGUUCCCUGUAAUAAAAAAGGAUCUUACUUUUCUUCAUGAAGGAAAUGAUUCCAAAGUGGAAGGAUUGGUCAAUUUUGAGAAACUAAGAAUGAUUGCAAAAGAGAUCCGCCACGUGGGCCGAAUGGCUUCCGUUAAUAUGGAUCCUGCUUUAAUGUUCAGGACUCGGUCUCUUAGCCAAGGCAGUACAAACACAGCAGUACUUGAUGUUGCACAAACAGGUGGACACAAAAAACGGGUGCGUCGCAGCUCAUUUCUUAAUGCCAAAAAGCUAUAUGAAGAUGCCCAGAUGGCUCGAAAAGUCAAACAGUAUCUCUCUAAUCUAGACUUGGAAAUGGAUGAAGAAAGUCUCCAGGCACUGUCUUUGCAGUGUGAACCAGCCAGCAAUACACUACCCAAAACUCCAGGGGACAAACGGUCCGGAAAAUCUGAAACAUCUCCUGUCACACAUCGGUCAGGGAUGCAGCAGAAGACUCAGCAGCAACAACAGCCCAAGGCAAACCAGGUUUUACAGGUUCCUGCUGUAUCACUUUAUCCUUCUCGUAAGAAAGUACCAGUAAAAGAUCUCCCACCAUUUGGCAUAAACUCCCCGCAAGCUUUAAAGAAAAUUCUUUCACUCUCUGAAGAAGGAAGUUUGGACCGCCAUAAGAAGCAAGCAGAAGACACAAUUUCAAAUGCUUCUUCACAAUUAACGUCUCCUCCCACCUCACCCCAGAGCUCUCCGAGAAAAUGUAUAUUAGUGCUAUCAAACAUUUUAAAAUUCUUACAUGCUCUCUUCUCUAAUCAUAUUUUAUUAAGUAAUUAAACUAUUCUUCCUGCAGGUUACAUGCUGGCUCCUAGUGGCACAGUGGAUAACUUUUCCGACUCUGGUCACAGUGAAAUUUCUUCCCGAUCUAGCAUUGUCAGCAAUUCUUCUUUUGACUCCAUGUCAGGGUCUUUACAAGAUGAAAGAAGACAGAGGCACUCAGUCAGCAUUGUCGAGACUAAUCUUGGAGUGGGCAGAAUAGAAAGAAGAGCCACGGUUGAACCAGAUCAGUACAGUUUAGGCUCCUAUGCAGCACUGUCAGAAAACAGAGGGUUCUAUGCUGCAGCAGCCAUGCUUUCUUCUCCCAGUACGGAGGAACUAUCACAGGAUCAGGGUGAUCGAGCGUCACUUGAUGCAGCAGAUAGUGGACGAGGCAGUUGGACUUCUUGCUCAAGUGGUUCCCAUGACAACAUACAGACAAUUCAACAUCAGCGAAGUUGGGAAACUCUGCCUUUUGGACAUGUUCAUUUCGAUAAUUCAGGCGAUGGGGCAGGAUUGUGGGCCUCAGGCAGUCACAUGGACCCAUUGAUGUUCUCCGAUCAUGGCACAAAGUAUGGCAGGCAGAGUCAAGGUAGGGAGGGCCUUGAUCAAGCACAGUCCAGAGCAAGCUGGGCAUCCUCCACAGGAUACUGGGGAGAGGACUCUGAAGGUGAUACAGGUACCAUAAAACGGAGGGGUGGGAAAGAUGUAUCAAUUGAAGCUGAAUCCAGUAGCAUAACAUCCAUAACAACAGAGGAUUCAAAGCCGGUUCCUAUGCCAGCUCAUAUAACUAUGCCAACAAGUAACACAAAGGGUCUUAUUGCUCGAAAAGAGGGUCGCUAUCGUGAACCACCACCAACCCCUCCGGGUUAUGUAGGAAUACCUAUUGACUUUGGAGAAGGAAUUUCUCAUCCAGUCCGAAAACCUCCAGAUUACAACGUAGCACUUCAGAGGUCUAGGAUGGUGGCACGGUCUAAUGAAGCCCCUGGGACUUCAGCUUCACCUUCACAGCAGCAAUCACAGGGUCAUUCCUCUAUCAGGCCUGUUAACAAACCUCAGUGGCAUAAACCAAACGAGUCAGACCCACAUCUUGCUCAUUAUCAAUCUCAAGGGUUUUCCACAGAGGAGGAUGAAGAUGAGCAAGUCUCUGCUGUCUAAGAAUUGGAGCUUUCGGGAUUACAAGUAAGCCAACUUUAAGGAGAGCACAAGAUGACAUCCCUAAUAUAGGAGCCUUGGAACAUUAAUUAAAGGAUGGUGGACCUGUGCCUCCUUCCCUGCCUUAAAGCAGCAUGGGCUUCUUCUCCCCUUCUUCCCCCCACCCUUCUCCCUUUGCAUGUGAAAUACUGUGAAGAAAUUGCCCUGGCACUUUUCAAACUGUGUUGCUUGAAAUGCGCAGUGCAGCAUCCUCUCAGCUAUCACUGUUGCUGUCUACCACAUCACACAGUAUCAUUCCAAAAUCAAAUCGUAACUUUGACUGCACUCUCCCAUGCCUGGAAGCAUUUUAAAUUCUUUUUCCUAUCUUAAUCCUGAUCCUAGCACUUCACUUGAUUGUGAUGAAGAGAUCAACUAGUGGACAAAUAUAUUUGGCCUUUAUUAAGAAAGAAAUGUAUUGAAAUCCUUCAAGUACACAGUGCUUGUUUCUUGUUUACAAUGCCUUUGUUGCUACUCUCUCUAUAUAUUGUAUUUGGAGAGGGGUAAAAGGUUACACCUGCGUUAACUACAGUAUUAUUUUGUAUUAUUUAAGAAAGUUUGCUAGCCUGGACUACUUUAAAAAAAAAAGUGAUGAUGUGGUUAACUAAAAAUGGCUUGGUUUAUAGGAAGGAUUCAGCCUUUCAAGCUUCGUUUUUAGUGUUCCACUCAAAGCACAGUUGAUUAAUUUCAGAAUUUCUGGUUUUGUUGCUUUGUAUCUCUAAUGAUGUGGUUCUAUUGACUCUUGCAAAUAAUCUGUGAAGAAAGUUAGUGUCCUUUUCCUGUGCCUUAAGGAAUACAGGAUGGUAAGUAAAAAUAUUUGUCUUCAAUUGUCAAAUGGCAAUAUCUUCUUUUGCUUAAAAUACUUACAUGAUUUUUCCAUCCUCCUCCUUGUACUACGUAAUGGGCUUUUGUCACACAAAUAAUCAGGGUAAUGUAUUAAGGCAAUUCAGCACACACUGCAACCAGUGCCAAUCUCAAACUGUGUUGCUAUUGGCUUGGCAUUAGAAAAUAGUGAACCUUUUGAAGAAAGUAGGUGUCACUCAGCAAGCUUUUGCAGUGAACAAUUAUUCAUAAUUGUCUUUUACAGAACAUUGCAUAUAUAGAGGAGGCCAGUGGGUAUCAAUCACCUGCUUACAGCUGCUAUGAACCCUUUAGUGUUGGAAAUGAAAAUACAUCCCCUUUCUAUUUUCUGUUGUUAUUUUGGUUUUGCACAGACUCCAGAAAAGUGAAGGCUGCCAAUCCGAGUAGUACUCAAAUGUGAGGAACUGCUGUUCUUGGAUUUUUUUUCAUUAAAUUCAGCUGAUCAUAUUGAUCAGUAGAUAAAAGUAAAUAGUAUCAACUUAUAAAGAUCAAUUUACAGUGGUUUUUCACUGUAUUGAACAAUGUCAGUGCUUUAUUUAAUCGCUUUCUCCUAUAAUCAUAGCUCUUCUCUAUUUGCUUAUAUAUCACCUUGUCAAUUAUGCAUUUGUAAUUUUACAUGUAAUAUGCAUUUGCCAGUUUCAUUAUAUAGGCUAUGGACCUCAUGUGCAUAUAGCAAAACAGAACAAACCUAGCUGUCUCACAAGUUGCACAAAUGUUAUAUAGGAAUUAAGUAAUUGUAGACCAUAGGACUGCUAAUCUCAGUUCACUCUGUGAUGUCAAGUGCAGAAUGUACGACUUACUGGUGAUUUCCUCAUACUUUUGAUACUACUUGUACCUGUAUGUCUUUUAGAAAGACAUUGGUGGAGUCUGUAUCCCUUUUGUAUUUUUAAUACAAUAAUUGUACAUAUUGGUUAUAUAUUUUUGUUGAAAAUGGUAGAAAUGUACUAUGUUUAUGCUUCUAUCCAGUUUGUAUGAAGCUGGAAUAUAAAUAAAUAUAAUGUUAAUGAUG